ACUGUGACUUGUGGCAUAAUAAACUAGAGAUUACGCAGGUUAUUGAUAUGUCGCGAGUGCCUAUUCUUGUAAUUCUGGGCUCAACCGGCACAGGAAAAUCCCGUUUAGGUAUUGAAUUAGCUCUCAAAUAUUCCGGAGAAAUUAUUUCAGCUGACAGUAUGCAGGUGUAUAAAGGGUUAGACAUAAUUACCGCAAAAGUGACUCAAGAGGAACAAUCAAUGGUGCCACAUCACAUGAUAAAUCUCGUGGACCCACUUAUGAAUUAUUGUGUUGUUGAUUUCAAGAAAAAAGCUCUUCCAAUUAUAAACGAUUUAGUGGCCAGGCGGAAGAUGCCAAUCAUCGUGGGAGGCACGAACUAUUACAUUGAGUCACUGCUCUGGCAAAUUCUCGUUGAGGAUCCUAAAGCGUCUGGGAACUUGAUGAAUAGACAUGAUGGUCGAGCAUUCGAGGACAGCGAAAUCGAGUGUGAGAAAGAGACUAAAAACAAGCACAAGGAUGAAGCAACUGUACUAACAGCUGACGAAGGUAGUAGACUUAUUCCAAAGGAACAAGAGAAAAAAGAAGAAGAAGAAGAAGAAGAGCUUUUUGUCGCCUCCAAGCCAAUGGAACACGAAGACAGUAAUGAAUCCAAUGAAGUUCUUUAUCGUAAACUUUCUGAAAUUGAUCCAAAAAGAGCACGAUACUUGCAUCCAAAUAAUAGGCGAAAGAUUAUCCGGUCUUUAGAGGUAUUCAUAAAACAUGGAACGACUCAUUCGGAAAUUUUGGAGCAUCAACGAAAUGCAGGCGGUUCAGGUCUAGGUGGUCCUUUACGUUUUCCAAACUCACUAAUCCUGUGGCUACAAUGCGAUCGGGAAGUACUGAAUGAAAGAUUAGAUCGAAGAGUAGAUUCGAUGGUGGAAGCUGGCUUAGUGCAGGAGCUCUUGGACUUUCAUGAGCGAUAUAAUGAACAAAGGAUUAACGAAAAUUCGUUACCCGAUUAUACGAAAGGUAUCUUUCAAUCAAUUGGAUUCAAAGAGUUUCACAAUUAUUUGAUUUUACCGAAGGAUGAGAGAAAUAGCAAAAAGGGAGAAGAUCUUUUAAAACAAGGAAUCAACGAUCUCAAAUUAGUGACAAAAAGAUAUGCUAAAAGACAGAUAAGAUGGAUCAUGAAUCGAUUUUUAAAAAGACGGGAUAGACAGUUGCCGCCAAUCUACAGUUUAGAUUGCACGAAUGUUGAAGAAUGGAAUUCCAAAGUGCUUGAACCGGCUAUGGCAAUUAUAGAUGCAAACAUAAAAGGUGACGCACCAAUUCAAAAAUCUCUUAAUGAAGAUGUUCAAUGUUGGAAAUCUACUGAUAGUAGUAAUGAAGUUACACAUUGGUGUGAGACUUGCGAGAAAGUUUUGAUCGGCGAAGGGCAGUUUAAAUCUCACAUCAAUGGUGCCAGACAUAAAAGAAUGAAAAGGAAGAGAGAAAAAUCUGAAGAUUUACCAAUUGAUAGAAGAAUAAAAAUAUUAAAUAAUUAGUAUAAGUUAUUUAUAAUGCCUCAUUAGUGAUAAGGAAAAUAAUAAUGAUAAAAGAACAAUUAUAAGCAGUAAGAUAUUUUUUAUUUAUCAAAUGUUUGAUAAUCAGAUGAGAUUAAUGGGUUGUAAUCUUAUAACAAUGAUACAAAGAUUUGGAAAAACUUUGGAAAAUUCAUUGACAGAAUAUUUUACGUAGAUUUACAA